AUGCAGCAGACUUCGGCUUUGAACCGUUCUGCUUUGAUCAUGCUGCACUUGCUCCUCAGCCAGUGUCGGUACGGUUGUGCGCUUCGGGUUCCAAUCGUUUGCACCAUGGUGCCACGCCCAAAGCAGGAUGGCUUCAUGGUCUACGCGCAGGGUCCAGAGGACUCGAUGCAAUACCUAGCUGAAUACCUCCAUGGUGCUUUGGGCCAUGCUGCCAUCCCAUCAUUGGCUCUGGCCGUGGCAUUGAGCCGCAGUCGCAGGCACAACCGUCGUGCUGACAAGAGGAUUCAGUGCUGCGCCGUUGCAGAGAAGGAGAAGACCACGACUGAGAGGCCCGUGUAUCCAUUCUCCGCCAUCGUGGGACAGUCGGAAAUGAAGCUGUCCUUGAUCCUGAACGUCAUCGAUCCCAAGAUUGGUGGAGUCAUGAUCAUGGGCGAUCGUGGGACUGGCAAGACCACAACUAUCCGAGCCCUGGUGGAUCUCCUGCCCGAGAUCGCCUGUGUGUCCGAUGACCCCUACAACUCCUCACCGGAGGAGGAGGAAGUCAUGAGCCAAGAGGUGCGAGAUCGGAAGGCAUCUGGGGAAGACUUGCCUUUGAAGUACAAGAAGGUGCCCAUGAUCGAUCUGCCUCUGGGUGCCACAGAGGACCGCGUCUGUGGUACCAUUGACAUCGAGAAGGCCCUGACCCAGGGUAAGAAGGCCUUUGAACCCGGACUGCUCGCGAAAGCGAACCGCGGGAUUUUGUACGUUGAUGAGGUGAACCUUCUGGACGACCACCUGGUGGAUGUCUUGUUGGACUCCGCAGCUGGUGGGUGGAACACCGUGGAACGUGAGGGCAUCAGCAUUCGCCACCCUGCCAAGUUCAUCCUGGUGGGCAGCGGCAACCCGGAGGAAGGCGAGCUUCGUCCCCAGCUGUUGGAUCGUUUCGGCAUGCACGCACUCAUCAGGACGGAGCGUGACCCCGAGCUACGCGUGAAGAUUGUGGAGAGCACCCGAGACUUUGCGGAUGACCCCGUGGGUUUCAGAGAGAAGUUCCUGGAAGACAACCAGGAGUUUGCCACGCAGAUCCUAGAGGUGAAAUCGAGCUUGAACGUUUUUGUGGUUGUGGAUGGGUAG